AUGGACAGUAACGCGGCUCCUACGGGUCUCCGUCAGCGUCAUAACGCGUCUGCACCUGCAGCCCAAAGCCAGAGCAACAAUGCUACAGAGGUGCCUGCUGUGACGCUGGAGGGUUUGCUGAAGGAUCUGUACAAGAAGCACCAGCCUGACAAGCUGAAGAACGUGGCGAUUGUCGCGAAACAGUACGCAGGCAAGGAGCGUGAGCUUGUUGGUUUGUUGAAGGGUAAGUAUGGAGCCCUGAGCGUGAAGCAUCUGGAGGAGAACCUGGAGGUGCUGGAGCGUGCUCACCGCGCCCGCAUGGGCAGUAAGGGUGCGGGGAAGAAGCGGGGCUGCUUCGUGCGCACGAUCUCGCUGGUGUUUUGGCUUUCGGUGUUGCUGUACUUCUCGUUCGGCGCUGUGUUCAUCAGUUUUGUGGUGGUGGACGUGUGGGAGUGUCAUGCCCUUGAUAACGACGAGCAGGAGCCGGAGUCUGCUGACGAUUGCACGCCGCUGCAGAAGGAGCUGGAGACGUUCACGUACGAGCGCGUUGGUGACUACGUGGGCCAAUCGCACCCGGAAGCGUGCUUUUGCUUGGAGUGGAAGGCUCGUGAGAGCGCGCUGUUGUCAAAUCUGUCGGGUGUGGAUCUCGUCAAUUUGGCGAGGAUGGUGCCGUUUUCGCCGGACUCGUUCGGUGCUCCGUGGGUUGCGAGUGUGAAGGAGCAGGUUCCGUCGCAGGAGUUCUACGACAGCUACGCGAAGCCUGUGGUGGACGUGUCGCUGGAUGUGGGUUCGUUCGUGUGGUCAUCUUUGUUGGAGCUUGCAGGGUUUGACGAGGUCGCGGAGAAGUCGUCGGUGGUAUCGGAUGUCGUCGAGACGAUGAAU